AUGAAGCAAUACAAUGUUUUGGUAAUAGAACACGCCAUGAAAUCACAAGAAGGUACAUACCAAUGUAGAGAUGGGAAUACAACUGUAAUAGAAGAAAUUAACUUAGUUGUUGAAGUUAAACCUGCAUCUCCUGGUCAGCCAUCAGUCAAUGACAUCACUUCCUGUCAAGUAUUACUCAAUUGGUUGCCAAGCAAUAACUCAGAUUUCUUCAGCAGCGCAAUUACCUAUUUUGUUUUGCAGAGUAUGGACGGUAAUGAAAUGAUAAAUAGUGGAGUGAAUACAAGCAGUACAUACGCAGUAAUAACGUCACUUCGAUCACAAACCAACUAUAGCUUUGCAGUCAUUGCAAAAGCUAAUAAUUUGACUUCGCUUCCCAGUCCGGAGUCGAAACAAAUUACAACACUUAAAGAAAGUGCCAUUGGAAUUCCACAAGACGUUGCUGCUACAUCGUGGGAUACAAGUACAAUUCAAGUCUCAUGGAAGCGGCCGUCGAAUGACCUCGUCUUUUGUCGAAUAUCAGGAUAUAUCAUAAUGUAUGCAGUGAAUGAAGACAAUGCACAGAAAGAAAAUGUUACAGUAGAGCAAACAGACAUCACAAGUGUUGAAAUAUCAGGCCUUGAUGCUAGUACAAAAUAUGUCAUAUGGGUAGCUUUUGUCAGCGGUGACAGCAUCGGUAAUUAUAGUACACCAGUCAAUGAGACAACGCAACAAGCGAAACCUAGUGCACCUACAAAUUUUCAUGUCAAAGAUUUAAGAGCAUUCUCCAUGGAUCUCAGCUGGAAACCCUCUGUUCCUGUACCGGGCGAUCCAAUUGCAAAAUACAUCAUAGAAUAUUGGGAGACUGGUACAGAUGAAUUAUUUAGGCAAUACCAGACAGCUUUAGGUCAACCAAAAGUCAUUAAUUAUAAUUUAACGGAACUAGAAGCAGCCACGGAGUAUUCAACGCAAGUAUCGGCCAUAUCAAUGGCGAAUGUACGUGGCGAUACAUCUAUCAUGCUUAACACAACCACCGAUUCUAGACGCCCAAGCGUACCAAGAAGUCUGAAAGUCACCUACUUAACGAAAACCACCGCUGUUGUACUCUGGGCACCACCUGCAUACAUUUUCAAACAAGUUGACUAUUACUUGGUCAAGUACUGGAAGUUAGAUACACCUCAAGAAAAAGUGCGUAUGGUGUCUGGAGAGGUUGCCUCGUAUUGUCGCUUGGACAAUCUGGUGUUGAACACUAAGUAUGCCGUCACUGUGCAGGCUAUUACGUUUAGCAUUAAAAAUCCUACCCGUUCAUACUACGGACGGGAAACGCCAGUCUAUCAUUUCAUGCACGCUGAUCCUGCUCAGACCACGACCCCUGUGAGACCAGUUGUCACUAUUUUGUCUUCCACGUUGGCGUCAACCCCGGUACCGAUGUAUGCAGGCGAACCUGAGGAUACAGUUGUGAAAAUUGCCAUCAUCGUUGGUGUCAUCAUUGCUGUUCUUCUCAUAUGUCUAGUUUUUCUGAUUCUCUUUGUUUUCAGAAAGAGAUUUCAGUCACCUCACUAUUACAUGAGAGCAGACAGUGUGCAAAGACCCACCUCGCCAGAACUGGGUUUACCAGAUAUGCCAACUAUUCUUCAGGAAAAUGCAAUUCCCAUAGAUGCCUUUGAAAAACAUGUAAUGAAUCUGCAUACUGACAGUGACAAUGGCUUCUCAGUGGAGUAUGAUGAACUUCGAAAGAUACCCAGUAAGCAUUUGACAUGUCUCAAUUCCAAACUGCAAGAAAAUAAAAAUAGAAACAGAUACUGGGACAUUGUAGCAUAUGAUCACACUCGUGUACAUUUGCAUCCGAUAUCUGGACAGCCGAAAAAUACUGACUAUAUUAAUGCUAAUUACGUAGAUGGAUACCAUAAACCAAAAGCGUUCAUCGCAUCACAAGGGCCUUUAAAAUCCACUAUCACAGAAUUUUGGCAGAUGAUUUGGGAGCAGAACUCUGUUAUCAUUAUUAUGUUAACUAAUCUAGUGGAGAAAGGAAAGAGGAAAUGUGAGCAAUAUUGGCCGUUACACGGUACUGAACAGUAUGGCUUCAUUGAAGUCACCUUAGAAGACACUAAUACACGAGCUACUUUUACAGUCCGCAGAUUUACAGUGAAAAACUUAAAGGCAAAAAAAAUACGUGGACAGCAUAUGGAUCGUAUGAUAUAUCAGUAUCACUACACAGCCUGGCCAGAUCAUGGAAUCCCCGAAGACAGUCUACCUGUAAUAUCAUUUGUCAAAAAAUCAUCAGCUGCCAACCCACCUGAAGCUGGUCCAAUCAUUGUACAUUGCAGUGCUGGUGUUGGUAGGACUGGUACAUAUAUCGUUAUUGAUACAAUGUUACAUUUAAUAAAAGAUAAAAAGUGUAUCAACAUUAUGAGUUUUAUGAAACAUAUUAGACAACAAAGAAACUAUCUUGUGCAAACUGAGGGUCAGUACAUUUUUCUGCAUGAUGCAUUACUAGAGGCUGUCCGAAGCGGUGUGACCGAAGUGAACAUGGACGAGUACGAUGACUAUUUUAAAUCAUUACAAGAUAAAAUAUUACUUCCAGAUGAUUCAGAUGUUACGGUGCUGGCAAAGCAGUAUAUGCGUAUCUCAAAGUAUGUGCCAAAGGACUAUGAGUUACACUCGGCUACCAGACCUUACAAUAUAUUGAAAAAUGCUUCCGAGGAUGUUCUACCUAUUGAGAGAUCCAGAGUGAAGCUGUUGCCCAAACCUGGUGUUGAUGGCUCGGAUUACAUCAAUGGCUCGUUUUUACAGGGUUACAGAAGCAACCAGGAGUACAUUGUCACCCAGCAUCCUUUGCAGCAUACAGCCGUUGAUUUCUGGCGAAUGAUCUGGGAUCACAACUCGCAAACUAUUGUUAGUUUGAUAUCGUCUGAGGAUUUGGAGAAAGGGAAAUUAGCCAUUUAUUGGCCGACACCUGAAAAGAAAGACUUAGAUUGUGUUAAUUUCACGGUUACGCUAAGCAAAGAGGAACACCAUCUUAAUAUGAUUACAAGGGAUUAUAUUAUCCAGUCUAAUCAGGACGAUUACAUAAUGGAAGUACGUCAAUUUCAGUGCGGUUAUUGGCCAGAUAGUUGUGCGCCACCAGAGACCAUAUUUGAAUUGAUUACAACCGUACAAAGAUGGAAACAACAAUUUGAAGGUCCUGUUACUGUGCAUGACAAGUUUGGUUCCACUACCGCUGUGACAUUCUGUGCAUUGUCCACCUUACUCCAACAGUUGAAACACGAAGACAGUAUUGAUGUAUACAGUAUUAUGCUUCUCUACAAUUUACGCAGACCUGGGUGUUUUCUAACCAAGGACAAGUUUGAAUUCCUCUAUACUGCAAUGAAAGCUGCUGUGGAAUUACGCCAAAAAGAACGUAAAGUAGGAGCUCGAAACCAGUUGCCAUCUAACUCAACGCAGCCCAAACGACACAGCCACCAAGCCGGUAGAAGUAUCCGGCGAGCACUGUCCCUCUCCGAUGCUCACAACCCUUCCUCUCCUAAAUGCAAUAUGUCUCGAUCAGUGUCUCUCCACACGGACAAAGAGACGAACAGCCCCACUGUGAGUUUUCGAAAGAAGAAAGUCAAGAGUAACUCUCAUCAGCAAGAUAUUGCCGAGGAAUAUUGUGACAUCAAUCUGGGUAAUUCAGUACCUACACAAAUAGUUGAUUGGAAAGUGCCUACAGGUCGAGGGAAAUCGUCAAAUAACAAUCGAUCACCAUCAGACUAUAGAGAAUCAGGAUUUGAAGAUGACGAAGUGUUUGUUUAUAGCAAAGUGUGAUUCGCUGGCAUGAUUUCAUGUGGACCCCGAAACUAUACAUCUACUCUAUAUCGGCUGCAUAUGCUAAGUGACAAUCUGUGUAUAUUGUAUCUGUACAUAGCCUUUGACUUCAUGAGUUUAUUUGGAAACUUUUUCUGACAUUUUUC